GCAGCGCUGCUCCACGCACCCCGAGCGAGCAGCGCGCACCGGGAACCGGAGGAGGGGGCCCGUUCUCUGCCGCCUCGGACCCACUCUCCAGCCGCUAUGAGCUUCUUCGGGUUCGGCCAGAGUGCGGACAUCGACAUAAUCCUCAGCGACGCGGAAACCAGGAAGAAAGUCGAGCACAAGAGCGAGGACGGCCGGAAGGACCGCUACUUUCUGUUCUACGACGGGGAGACGGUGUCCGGGAGGGUCAGCGUCACGCUCAAGUACCCGGGGAAGAGGCUCGAGCACGGCGGCAUCAAGGUCGAGUUCGUCGGGCAGAUCGAGCUGUACUACGACAGGGGGAACCACCAUGAGUUCGUGUCGCUGGUCAAGGACCUGGCUCGGCCAGGGGAGCUCACGCAGUCGCAGACGUUCGACUUCGAGUUCACACAUGUGGAGAAGCCGUACGAGUCGUACACGGGUCAGAACGUGAAGCUCCGGUACUUCCUGAGGGCGACGAUCGGCCGCAGGCUCAACGACAUCAGCAAGGAGCAGGACAUCGUGGUCCAAACGCUCAGCACCUACCCCGAGAUCAACUCCUCCAUCAAGAUGGAAGUGGGCAUCGAGGACUGUUUACACAUAGAGUUCGAGUACAACAAGUCCAAGUAUCACCUCAAAGACGUGAUCGUGGGGAAGAUCUACUUCCUGCUGGUGAGGAUCAAGAUCAGACACAUGGAGAUCGACAUCAUCAAGCGGGAGUCGACGGGGACGGGGCCCAGCGUGUACCACGAGAACGACACCAUCGCCAAGUACGAGAUCAUGGACGGAGCGCCGGUCAGAGGAGAGUCCAUCCCCAUCCGGCUGUUCCUGGCCGGCUACGAGCUCACGCCCACCAUGAGGGACGUCAACAAGAAGUUCUCCGUGCGCUACUACCUCAACCUGGUCCUCAUCGACGAGGAGGAGCGGCGCUAUUUCAAACAGCAGGAGAUCACUCUGUGGAGGAAAGGCGACAUCGUGAGGAAGAGCAUGUCCCACCAAGCGGCCAUCGCCUCGCAGCGCUUCGAAGGCUCCUCCCACCCGGAGAAGCCACAGGGCGUCCCGGCGGACGGCGAGGAGGACGGCAGCUAGAGGGCCAGAGUCGCCGCCGUCGCCGCCGGCUUGUCACUGAGGACUGAAUGAGACGUGUCGGAGGUCGGAGGUCAGCCCGGCUGCAACCGAAGCUCAUUCUCAGUGUUUCCAGCUACGUCACGGCCGAGCGCUAGCUCUUCUGUCACACACAGACGAGAAAACACCUGCAGUGUGUGUGUGUGUGUGUGUGUGUGUGUGUGUGUGUGUGUGUGUGUGUGUGUGUGUGUGUGUGUGUGUGUGUGUGUGUGUGUGUGUGUGUGUGUGUGUGUGUCCUUCAUCCGGGGUCACCUGCUAGAUGCACUUGGGUCUCCUGUCAAACCUCUCUGUAUGAAUGUAAAACCUGGAGGGUUUUUUUAACCCUCGCUGUCCUUUAAAAGAAUACUCCGAAGAUUUUGGACCCACGCCCUAUCCCUAUCAUUUACAAAGUGAGAUAAGCUCAUAAAUACCUUUUUUGUGUCCGUUUGUCCAGUGCCUGG